AUGAAAUAUGUGGUGCUUCAGGGCCCAGAAAGUGCAGCAAAUGAGCCUCCUCAGUCUGGUUUGAGCAUCAAUAAUGACCAGAAUGAAGUAGCACUCAAAGAGAUAUCAGCCAUUCUGGGCAAACAGGCAUUACUUCCAUGUAAUGUGUCUAUACCUGAAUUCCAAACAGCCAUUUCGCUAAUCGUGUGGUUUAAAGAAAAAUCUGAGACACCGGUCUAUACAAUGGACGCUAGGGAAGGAAAUCUUCGAAAUGCUGUUCAUUACGUUGGGGAUCAACUUAGACCCCGUGCCAUCUUUGAUCUUUCUACACAACCUCCGCUCCUUAGGAUUGAUCCCGUCAGAGAAAAGGACUCUGGAAUUUAUAAAUGCCGAGUGGAUUUCCGUUGGUCAAGAACAAUCUACUGUCAGGUUAAACUGAAAGUUAUUGUACCCCCAAGAAAAGUGUUCAUUGUUGACCAGAAGGACGAAAGACUGCAAGAAGGAGAUACCGUUUCUCUCACAUGUGUAUCAUUGGGUGGAAAACCUCUUCCUAACGUCAGUUGGUGGAGAAAUUCUGAGCUGAUUGAUGAUACCUCAACGAUAGUUUCUAGAGAAAAAGUUACAAACGAACUGAUUCUCCAAGGUUUAAAUAGACGUCAUAUUUCUAGCAGUCUGACAUGUAAAUCUUCAAACAGCAACUUAACAUCCCCUGCUAGCAGUACAGUCGUUCUUAAGAUGAUUCUUAGACCAUUACUCGUGAAGAUAAUUUCACCACAUCAGUCCUUUCUUGCUGGCCAGAAAUCUGAACUCCAGUGUCACAGUUACGGUUCUAAGCCUGCAGCUCAUAUUUCCUGGUGGAAUGAACGCAAAGAACUCCGUACCUCGGUAACGACUGCAAGGACUGAUAAUUUCACUUACAGCAAAUUGAGUUUCACCCCAUCUGUUGAUGACAACGGAAGUUACUUGUCUUGCCGUGCAGAUAAUCCACUGAUACCAAAUAGCGGCUUAGAGGACGGCCGGAUAUUGAAUAUUCAUUAUCCACCUCUAGUUUCACUGAAAGUUUCAACGAGUACAGAUUUAGAAAAUAUUACCGAAGGAGAUGGAAUUUCCAUGAAAUGUAUCAUUCAAGUAAACCCUGCACUGAAGAAAUUAGAGUGGCUUCAGAAUGGACGUGUAUUACAAAUAAACCAAAGGCAUGAUAUCAUUAUGACGGAUGAAAAAUUAGACAUAAGAAGUUUAAAGCCACACCACAGGGGGACCUACAAAUGUGUAGCUUAUAAUGACGUUGGCCGAACAGAGAGUAAUGGAAUCAAUCUUAACCUAAGAUUCACUCCGAUUUGUGCCAAAAGAACGAAACAGGAGUUCAGAGUUAUGAACAACAACAGCGUAACCAUAAAGUGUACGGUACAAGCCAAUCCAUCUGAUCUUACGUUUCAGUGGUAUCUAAAGAAUUCUUCCCACACAGAAGAAAUCAACGGAGUUAACAAAAAUAAUACUCUGAACAUUUUGACGUACACGCCAAGAAAAGAAUCUGAUUAUGGAGAUGUUGUCUGUCAAGCAAGUAACAGUAUUGGUAUUCAACAGGAACCGUGUGUUUACAAGAUUCUUCCCGUGGGUAAGCCAGAAUUUCUGAGAAACUGCAUUGUUUUUGACCAGUCCGCCACUGGGUUCUCAGUACACUGUCAGGAGGGCUACAACGGAGGUCUCAACCAAACCUUUCACAUGGAGGUAUACUCGAUAACAACAACAACGAAACACAGACUCGUCGCAAACAUAACACAAGACACAAUACCUGUUUUUGGUGUUGAGGUCUUACCGGCAAGCUCGAACUUUAUUGUUGUGUUGUACGCCUCUAAUAACAUUGGAAGAAGCAAACCAGUCUCGUUAAGGGCACGUACGUCCUCUGCAAAACAGGAACUAAAGGAUCGGGCAGAUGACGUGGAUGUCCACAAGUUAGUAGCAGUAAUUACUGGGGCCGUUGCUCUCGUUUCUAUUAUUGCGGGUAUGGGUUUUAUCAUUAGUCGGUACCAGAUAAGGUGCCACUCUCGAGUGUCAGGCCAGAUGGAAGAUUCUAACAGAAAUGAGGAACUUUCUCUACGUUCUACUUCUCAGACAAGAACAACAACUGUACUAAGGGAAACUGUGCCUGUAGUUGAAAAGGUCACACUGCUCAGGCGAACAACAGAAGCUGGUGUAAGUUCAAAAGUAGAGAACAGCGUAUAGUUUGAUAUGAACGAUUAUUAAGUGAAGAACAUCUAAGGAUUAAUACGUAAGAUGAACAACAAGGAAACCUUGACAAAAGAUGUGUGGUUUUGUGAUGAAAACAUCUGAUGACAGACGGAAGAAACACUGAGGAACGAAACAUUCAACCGUGAAUGUUU